UCAGCUGACUCGCGGCCAGACGUGAGCAAUCGGAGGCCGAGCAGGGGGAGGCGGGGUCUUCUCGGCCCUUGGCGCCGCUCCCCUGGGGCACCUUCGGAGUUCAGCGUUCUCCAGUAGCAGUGCUGAGGCGACAGCGUGGGAAGAAGUCCGAGACAAAGAUCUUAUUAUAGUAGUUCACAAAAAAAUACCAACAUGUCAUGUUCCGUGCCAUUUAAGAUGAGAUUAGUUCAUUUGGACCUCAAGGGAGCACCACCAAAGGUUUCAUAUCUCUCUGAGGUUUUUCCCCUGUUCCAUGCACUCGGUGCAAAUGGCCUCCUCAUUGAGUAUGAAGACAUGUUUCCCUAUGAAGGCCGGCUGAGGCUGCUGAGGGCCAAGCAUGCAUACAGCCCCUCUGAAGUUACAGAGAUCCUGCACUUGGCCAGACUCAGUGAGCUGGAGGUUGUUCCCUUGGUGCAGACAUUCGGACACAUGGAGUUUGUGCUAAAGCAUGAAGCAUUUGCACAUCUCCGUGAAGUGGCUCUCUUCCCCAACACCCUGAACCCUCAUGAGGCUGAGUCUCUGGCACUGGUAAAAGAUAUGAUUGACCAGAUUCUGGAACUACAUAGGGGUGUCCGGUGGCUCCACAUUGGCUGUGAUGAGGUCUACUACUUGGGCGAGGGGGAGACCUCAAAACUGUGGCUACAGCAGGAACAAAACAGCCAUGCGAAAUUGUGUUUGUCCCACAUGCAGGCAGUAGCCAGCCAUGUGCUGGCACAGCACCCUGGCACAACACCCUUGGUGUGGGAUGACAUGCUACGAGACAUCCCCCAGGAACAGCUAAAAGCAUCUGGGGUGCCUCAACUGGUGGAGCCUGUGCUCUGGGACUAUGGAGCUGACCUGGAUGUCCACAGCAAAAUCUUCCUCAUGGGAAAGUACCAGGAGUGUGGCUUCCAGAGGCUGUGGGCUGCCAGUGCCUUCAAGGGGGCCACAGGGGCUAAUCAGGCCCUGCCCCCUGUUGAGCACCAUAUUAGAAACCAUGAGCAGUGGCUACAGGUGGCAGUCAGUGGUCCAGUGGAUACUCUGCAAGGAAUCAUCCUGACUGGCUGGCAGAGGUACGACCACUUCUCUGUGCUGUGUGAACUGCUCCCUGUGGGAAUCCCAUCCCUGGCUGCCUGUCUACAGUUACUUGUACAUGGAGGCUUUGCUGAGGAUGUUAAGCUGAGAGUGGAACACUUCCUUGGGGUUUCAAGCCUGGAAAUAAUGGAUACUAUGAGUGAGGGAGCUGGUUCCUUCCCUGGCAGUGACAUCCAUGCCCUCGUCACACAAAUUAGUCUUCACCUGCGCAGCUCUGUGGAUACACUUCUGGAAAGGAAUAGUGGAUUCUGCUGGAGUAUCUGCUGCAGAUAAGCACUGGAGGGCUCCUGUUGCAAAUCAUCCUCUGGUACGAUGGAAGGAUCUUUCUACUGGCACUUGGAGGGGAUCCGAUCUGGUAUUGGUGUGGGCCCAGGGUUCUGUUUGUGUCUUUCCGCAGGAUAAUGAGGUUCCUCUUUGGGUUCCUGAGCACUGUGUGCGCCCUGUGGCUGCUGCCGAAUCCCAACAUGGCAGAGACCUAUUGGACCUUUGUAAAAAACUCUCCCCUUCUGAUGCCAAUGGGAAUUGAGAGCCCAAUACUGCCAGCCUUGGCAAGCAUUAACCUAAGCCUAGGAAUUAUAGCCAUGUGGUUGGAUUCUUCAGAAGGUAAUGUAUGGUAACUGCUUUUUCAAGUAUGUUUGAGAACAUGUCACCCAGAAACCUUGGAGAUUAAGGAUAACCCUGGAGGUCACUGACCUCCAUUUGUUAACAGUAGCAUGCCAGCUAAGCCUUUUCAUUUUUGUAAUUCUCUUCAAGCUGGUAUAGUACAUACCUUUUAAGGAGUGAGUCUGUGCAACAUUUAUUGGCCUCCUGAAAUUCAUCUAGCCUCCUUUGAAGAUACUUAAAAUUUGUGAGUCUGAAUGUAGCCAUUAUGAGACCAUUAGUUCUGCUCCUUGUUUGCUAUCUGUUUUUUCUUUAUGGUUCUUAGUUGUUCUUUUGCAGAGCUGCCAGCUUAAGUCGUGCUGGGAUCAAGAAAAAUGGGCCUUGGUGGUUCAUGUUCCUGGAGUUGUGUCCAUGCCAGUGGAUCGUGGCAAUUAGACACAGAUUAUGCUCACACGCUCCAGAAGAGAAUUUGACAUCGCUGCUGCCAUUGUUGUUGUUAUAGCAGUGAUGGCCACUGCUGCUACUGUUUCUGGGAUUGCCAUUUCAUAAUUGGUUACUACAGCUAGCA